AAAAAAAAAAAGAAAAAAGAAAAACGAGAAAUUGUGCCGAACAUGUACAAAAGUCUUUCGAGUGUCACGUGGAGUACAUCCAACCUGUUGAAAGCAUGGACGUUCGGUUGGAUGAGGUCGAGGAUGGGAUCCUGUGACAAAGACGCAGAAAUGGUUGCACCUAAAGAGGAGGUGAUCAGAUUUACAUCCGACAGCCUGUUCAAGGUUGGAGUGUCGCGUGAGGAUAGCUAUGUUAUCGGUCAUCAUUUGAUGACCGCUGACUAUCGUGGCCAUUUCAGUCACGGGAUGAACAGAAUGCCAAUGUACGUGCAGGAUAUUAAGGAUGGGAUGACCGAUCCAUGCGCGAAGCCACAGAUUGUUACGGAUUGUCAGGCGAUAGCGUUGGUCAACGGGAACAACGGCCUAGGCCAGGUGAUCGGUAAAUUCUGCAUGGAACUAGCGAUGAAAAAGGCUAAGAAAUUCGGUAUCGGGAUGGUCUCAGCUCGUGGUUCCAAUCAUUACGGCAUCUGCGGUUACUAUGCGAAAAUGGCCAUCAAACAAGAUCUCAUAGGCUUCACCUGUACCAACACCAGCCCUUUAAUGGCCCCGACUCGUAGCAAAGUGGCAGCUUUAGGCACGAAUUCAAUGGCUCUGGGAAUGGGCGGCUUAGGCGACGAUGAGUACGUGUUGGACAUGGCCACGACAGCCGUUGCUGUGGGCAAGAUCGAGCUGGCUAUCAGAAAGAAGGAACCGAUUCCCGAAAGCUGGGCGCUUGGAAUGGACGGCAAAGUAACCACGAACGCCGAGGAAGCGUUCAAAGCUGGCCGUUUGUUGCCUCUUGGCGGAGUGGAGACGAAUAGCGGCUACAAAGGUUAUGGAUUGGGCCUAAUGGUCGAGGUUCUUUGCGGAAUUCUAUCUGGGAGUGAAUUCGGUCCCAAUAUCAGACACUGGAAAACCAAGGACAAGAUUGCUAAUCUUGGUCAUUGCUUCAUGGCUAUAAAUCCGCAAGCUUUCAACUGUGGAUCGAAGGAGAGAUUGAGCAGAUUGUUGAAACAGCUGAGAGAUUUGCCUCCCGUGGACGAGAACAAGCCAGUUAUGAUUGCCGGGGAUAUAGAGAACCAAGCGAUGGAUAGAGUGGAUAGAGAGGGUGGCAUUACGUAUCAUCCCAAUCAGCUAAAGGCGUGCGAAGAAUUUGCAAAAGAUAUGGGAAUCGAACCUUUGAAACUUGUUCCAAAAAAUGUUAAUUAAAGGUUAAUCAGGAAGUUAGUUCUCUCUAUUAAGUAUUUGGUUUCUUGAAGGAUUGCCUUUAAGUGGAUUUUAGUUGAAUUCUUUUAUAUUUGCUGAUUUGAUAGACGUUUAUUUCGUGUUGUUAAUAUUAUGCGAGGGUGAUUCGAUAAUUACAAAAUUUAUUAAAAUAACAAUAGAACGUCUCAGUCAAACGUGUGUUUGGCAAUGCGUCUGGCAUUUUUGUAUCAAGCUUCAAGUUUUUAUUAUAUCAUUAGAGAAAAAUGUCCUUUAUCAAGAAGACUGCCAUGUAUGCGCUACUUCUUUCAAUUUUUUAUUCUGUUUUAUCUUCAUGUGUGAUACUUGUGCGACGAUUCUUGAACUUAUCUGUCCACUUAUCCGUCCACGUUAUCGAAGAAAAAUAUUAUUCUCAUAUUACAUUGAAUUAAUAAUUAUAUAAAUAUAUUUAGUAUAUUAAAUAUAUAAAUGUGUAUAAUUGUGUUCAAUUUAUAGAAACAUAGGAUCUGUUGAAUAUAUAAAUACAAUACAAUAUAAAUAAAUAAUUUAACAAAUUUACCAAUGGCACGUUCUUUGAUACAAACAUAAAGUGAUCCAGCCAUUGUCAUAAAAAAAAGAUAGCUAGUUAAAAAGUCGUGAUAAAGCAUUUAUUGCUACAACUAAUAUAAUAAAAAGUAUGACUAAAUUACGAGUAAUUAUUAUUAUUAUAAUCACUCUCGUAUAUUGACAUAAAAGAAUCUAUCAAUGAAGGAUCUAUAAUAAAAUUGUGGACACUGUUUAUAUAUACUGUAUAAUAUAUCAUAAACAUUUAUACACUGCGGAUGUUGAUGCAUUUUUUUAUUUUUAUGAAGAUAAUUGAGGAAAUGGAAUCCAAGUAGAAAAUAAAUCUUUCAUAUUAAAUAUUGCGAAAAGCAUUGUACUUUGCACAAAAUCUUUCAUCAAUGCAUAAAAAUCAUAAUUCUUACAUAUCAUAUUAUCUUUUACUGUGCUAUAUAUAUUCCACAAUUCGAAAGAAUCUAAACUACUUUCUAACAAUUUGGUGAUUUCGGUAUUUUUCUAACAUUUUACUCCUAUUCUUGUGAUAUACAUGUACAUAAACGAGAAAAGCUCACACACAUGUUAUAUCUUUCCAUGAUAUUGUAAACAUUUGAAUUUUUCUACUUAACAGAAAAGAAACGAAACGAAUGUAUCAUCACCGAUGCUUUCAAUUACACCUUCACGCUGUAUCAUCGCAAUUAUUUAUUACCCUAAUCUCGGUGCAACGAUCGAAUCUCGCCGAACUAAUAACACGUUUCUUUUCGUACAGUGUUUACACGCGACGAGUUCGCGUGUACGUUUCGUCGAUUUAAUGGAAACGAUGCUCACGAUGACAUAACCAUCCUUGUGGUCUCAUUGUUGGUCAAUGAUGAUGAUGAUGAUGAUGAUGAUGAUCACGACGACAAUGGCCUUGGACUUGCUCGCGUGUUCUCGAUUGCACUCAUUACCGAUCGAAACGCGCGAUCAUCGGUAUCGAUUCACCGGUAGACAACAAACGAGACAUUUGCAUAAUCGAUCGACGAGAGGUGGGAACGAUCGAUCGAUGCUUGCAGAUUCAUUAGAUUGUACGCUUCGUUGGUGAUCGUGGAGAAAUGUUGGAGGGACAUUAGCUGAAGAUCACGUGCGUCUGCGUUAGUCGCAGAAGCGCGAUCAAAGAAAUUCGAUCUUGCAAAGGCUGUGAAAUCUCGUGACAGCGUGUAAUUAUUUUUCGCAAGGACGUGUUUAAUACCACUAACUAAGAUUGGCUUCGUUAUUUUUCGACGUGGGGAAUUAAGUUUAAGACGUAUCCGAUGAAUGCGGCUGACACAGAUAUCCAAAUGAUUAAAGUCGAACUAUCCGAGUUCAAAUUUAUCAGUGGAAAUGAUCCUUCAAGUUUUUAUUGACUAAUUUAAUUUCAAAUAUAAUUCACGUAGGUUGGAAUUUUGUGCGUUUGAAAAUACAGAGACGCACGCAAUACGUAAAAUUGUAUAAAAUAUCGAGGAUAGAAUUUAUUCAUAAUAAUAUUUAUAAAUGAAACAAACGUCUGUCUAUUUAAUUAUAUUCAUAAUGAUAUGAAAAUUCAUAAAAAUUCG